GCGACGUGCAUGAAGACAAGACAAUUUUUGUGACUUCAAUUUCAUUUUUGUGACUCUUUGUGGAUUAUUGACAUGUCAGGAGAAUGCCAAAGGGCUCAUACGUCCACAGAGCCGUCUGUGGACAAAGAAAAUUUAAUUUCUUUAGGGGCGGACACAUUUAUACACCGUGAUGAUUGGCGAAUAAUAGAAGCAAAGGAAAAGGAUACUGCAUUUUUAUUAGGCGUAAUUCGCCAAUUUUUUCCAGAGGGUCUACAAGGCCAUUUCCUAGCAAAAGACCCUCUAGACGGUGUAAAAAAAAAAGUCUGCCCCUUGAAAAUACAGGCAAUCGAGGAUGGCAGGACAUUGCCAACGCUGUGGAGUGUCCACAGAAGAUUCUGUGGACAAGGAAAACUUAGUGGACCUUGGUGCUGGCAUCGUUGUCCACAAAGAUGAUUGGAAGCGAACAACGGACUUAAAAAAAAAUUCCAAAUUUCUACUUUAAACUAUAAGAUUAUUUUUUCCGGGUGGACUCAGCAAUUAUUAUUUAACAAAGGACCCUAAGGAUGAGUCGAAAAUACAAGUCUGCCCGGAAAAAAUCAAAGCAAUUGAGGAUUUAUAUAAGGACAGGAUGAGACAGAGAACUGGGUCCUAUAGCUCUGAUGGAGAAAAUACAACAAGUGAGGAAGAAAAUUUCAGAAGAAAUAAAGCGCAGACAAUAAAAAGGCAAAAAAAGAAAAAAAAUUA